UUGAUAGUAAUGGAGAUAAUUUACGAAGAAAAGAUAUGGGUAUUAUUAAAUCAGUGAAGCUGGGAUUUGAUUCGGUUAUGUUCCAAUUGUUAUUUUUAGCGUUGUACCUGCCUACGACCACUCUGGCCGUAAAACCUAAGGAAUAUGGCAAGGCGAUAUUCCUCACGCCUUUCAUCGAGAGAAACAAGAUAGACAUCGCAUUAAACCAAUCAAGAGUGCUUCCGUUGAAGGGCUCGGAUGUUGUAAGCCACGCCGGAUUUUUAACGGUAAACAAAGCGUAUAACUCAUGUUUGUUUAUGUGGUUUUUUGAAUCGGAAACAACCCCCGAAUACGCCCCAGUCGUGUUGUGGCUCCAAGGAGGCCCGGGAUCUUCCGCCUUGCAAACGAUAUUCCAGGAAAACGGCCGUUACUACCUCAAACCGUCGAAAGGCGUGGGUUUGAGGAAACACUAUUUGUCCCAAUCUAUGAACACGAUUUACAUCGAUAGCCCUGUCGGCACAGGUUUCAGCUUUACAGACAGGGCCGAAGGGUACUCCAGGGAUGAGAAUCAAGCGGCAGCCGAUCUGUACAAAGCCUUGGUCCAAAUCUUCCAGCUCUUCGAGAAAUAUCGAAGAAACGAGUUUUUCAUCGUCGGACAAGAAUACGGUGGUAAACUGGCCAUCUCGCUAGCUGAAUUGAUCACGGAAAAGAACCAAAACAACGUAAAAAAAAUAAAUUUGAAAGGUUUGGCGAUCGGAAACGGCCUCUUCGACCCAAUAAGUAUGGUAGAUUCUUACGCCAAUCUUCUCUACACGAUUGGCUUGAUCGACCUCGAAUGGAAAAAACAAUUCGAAACCAAACAGGCCGAAUUAAAAAGAUUAAUUGGUCAAAACCAAUUCUCCAAUGCGGUCGACACCUACAUCGACAUGCUCAUCGGAAAUGAGAACAGCAUGUUUAAAAAUGUGACUGGCUAUAAGAACAGUUUGAACUAUUUACAAGAUACCGAGAAUAGCCUGUACGGAACUCUGGAAUACAACCUGAAAGAGAAACCGUUUUUGAGAAAUGCUACUCACGUGGGAUAUGUCCCCUUCAACGACGGCGUUGUCGCCAGAGACUACUUGAAAGACUCCAUAAUGCAAUCAGUAAAACCGAAUCUGGAGAAACUGCUGCCGAAAUAUCGGGUGCUCGUAUAUUCCGGACAGCUGAACAUUAUGGUCCCCUACGUAGCGAUUUCAAAAUUCCUGAACAGCCUGAAAUGGAGCGGAAGCUGGAGUUUCAAACUGGCCCCUAGAAAAUUGUGGAUCGUGGACGGCGCCAUUGCCGGAUACUGCAAACAUACAAAAACCUUGUCAGAAGUUAUGAUCAAAGAUGCUGGACAGUUGGUGUCUUUCGACCAGCCAAAACUGACCAAGGAGAUGAUAGUUAAAUUCACAACCAACACAUUCACUGAGUGCUCUUAGAUUUUUUUUAUUAUAACCAAAUCUGGCAUAUCCAUAAAAAAUGAAUUUUUUAAAUUUGUAAAAAAAUCUAUAUUUUAUUUAUAUAUUAUAUUAUUAUUCUUUUUUUCAUGUUUUAAGUAUUAAAAACGAUCAAUUGUAGUAAACUGCUUUUUUCUCAAAUAAAGAAUCUCAAUAUGAACAA